AUGGGUUCUCCAGCACCAAGCACCCCCGGUUCCUCCCUUGGCACCGGCAGCCCAGUGGCCUCUUCUAUGAAUGGCACAGCGACGAAUGGGAUGACACCAUCCGACGGCGGAGCCUGGGGCGAAACCACCACUACUGCCUCAGGACCGUCCGGCACGCCUCCCGCAUCUGGGCCGUGGAAUACUACAACAGGAAGCUGGACGUCGCCAAUCGGCAGCGGCGCAGGCACUGUGAUUUCACCUCCCACGACAUUCCCCACGCCAUUUAGCCCAUCGGCCACAAUAGGAACUGGGCUUUCGGCUCCGUGGAACAACACAGCGGGUACGGUUCUCUCCUCGGGUGGGCUUACUGGUAGUGGAGGGUGGUCAUCUGGAGCGACACCGACAGGUUCUACUCCGGUAUCGAUCCAAUCCACUGCUUCUCAUAACGGCACAAGCAUUCAUGGUGGAGGAGGGACACCGUCAAGCGAUAUCGCAGGUAACAGCACACAACCAGUCUCCCAACCUCCCUGGGGGACCGAUCGCCCUUGGCAAACCGGCCCCGGUUCGCUGAGCCUGACGGAAUCGGGAUCUUGGAAUAGCACAACAGGUAGUGCUGCCUCAUCAGGGAUUGCCUCGGGAUCCGGCAUGACGGGUUCCAUCUCAACUUUCCAAGGAUCAUCUCCCAUCACGGGCACAUCAGCGCGGCCAAGCCAGCUAUCAGAUUCGUGGAAUAGCACUGGGACACCGUUUGGAUCACCUUCUGGCACGCUCACGAGUUUUCCUACGGCGGCAAAUAUAUCUUCACAGAGUACAGGGCCGGUCUCAAGCCCAGCAGGGGAAUCUCCAACUCAGAGCUCAGAGUCAUGGAAUUCAACAUGGAGCUCGGGUACGAACAUCCCAGGAACGUCAGUGCCUACAAGCUUUACCCCCUCAGGGCUGUCUCCCACAGCGAGCAUCGGAUCUACAGGCAUCUCAUCACCGACCCUGUCAGGAUCUGGCUUCUGGAAUGGCAGUACGGGCAUAGGGACAGCUUCAGGAGCCACCGGUCCAACUGGCAUCUCGUCACCCACGCUUUCGGCGUCGGGGCCAUUGAACAUCACUACAAGGAGUCUGAGCACGGCAUCAGCGAGACCUAA